UAUCGCACCUUCAGAAUAGUAUGGACUUAACUCAAAAAUCGAAGAAAUUGAGUUACGGUCAUAGAGGGUCACUAAAAGGGAUGCACUUUUAGGUGAAUAGUAAAGAAGCGGCGUUUUAAUGGUAGAAUAAAGCUAACGAUACUUCGGUCUCUUUCGCACUCCCUCCCUCUACCCGCGCCGCUCAGAUCUGUAAUGACGCGUUUAGUGAUGCAUCGAAAGUGAAGUGAAUAAGUCGUCGCAAGUUUAUUAGUGAAUUGACCUAAAACGUAAUAAGUCGCUUGUGUACUGAACAAACGGAUAAGAAUAAAAAUGAAGAGAAGAGCAGACUACAUACUUGAGAAAUUACAAAUAAUUAAUGAGCAACGAGAGGUGGACGUAGUGCCAAGCUGUAACAAAAAUGAUGAAAUUAAUAAAGAAAACAUUCCUCAUUUUAUUCAGCAAAGAAAACGAAAGUUGACUCAGAAUGAGUAUGGAAGCGAUACCUCUCGGCCAUCCAGUCCAUCAAUAAUAGAAGGCACACCUGAAAAAAGUGUGCCGUUUCUAAAUUAUGCACACGAACUUUGCGAUAGCAAAAGGAUCAUAACUAGGGUUAAUACUGAACAAUGCUAUUCGCAGCCAAUAGAAGCUGCACAUGAAAUCACUGUUAUGGAACCUGUGGCAGAUGAAGUGGAAAAUCUGAAAUGUACACAGGGACAGAACCAACUAGAAAAUGAACUGCCUAGGCGAGCACGCAGCAAUUCAUCGUCCAGCAGUUCCUCGUCUUCUAGCUGUUCAAGUAGCUCAUCUUCCUCUAGUCGCAGUAGCCCGCUCCAUAAUGGUAACACAAUUGAGUCGAAUACAAAGAUAGGUGACCCCUCAACCUCUACAGGUACAUAUCGUAACACUACACAGCCACCUAAAAAUUAUUGUGAGUCACCUAUUCAUUCGAACGAAAGUGAUGCAGACUUGAGCGACGAUGACCCUUCGUAUUCAAAUAGGCCUCGUUCACGUCUUGGAGUUGCAGUCAGAUUAUCUGCGUCGAGUACUUCCUCAUCUUCUGAUACUACAGACAGUGAUGCCGAAAAUGUUAAUGCUUCUAUUGUGGAAGGUCCAAAGAAAUCCCGCAAACGUCUACGAAAUCCCAAUAAGUGGAAACAAAUUGUUGCCAAAACUUUGCGAAAUACUGGGAAAGAAUAUGUGUCUAACACUAAAUCUAAAAAAAAUGUUCCCGCUCGUUCUAUAAAAGAUCCAUGUACCAGCAAAUGUAGAGUCAAAUGUGUCGAUAACAUAAAUGAGAUCGAUAGAAAUCUAUUAUUUCAAAAAUAUUGGGCACUAGGCAACUUGGAAUUACAGAGAUCUUUUAUAAGAAAUUGCAUGGUAGAAAUAAAACCAAAAUAUAAAUACACAAACGCGGCUAGACCAAGACAGCCUAAUAAUGCAUUUUAUUUUACAGUUAAUGGUACUAAAAUUAGAGUUUGCAAAACAUUCUUUAUAAACACGUUAGGUAUAUGUGACAGGCAAAUAAGAACUGUUAAAAAGAAGACAGAUGCGCAAGGUUUCGUAGAGAAAGAUAAUCGAGGUAAAAACCAGAAUAAAAAAAGGAUAGAACCAGCAAUCAUACAAGACAUAAAGAACCACAUUAAUUGCAUACCUAGGAUUGAAUCGCAUUAUUUAAGGUCUUCAACUUCUCGCGAGUAUAUAGGUGGAGAGAAGACCAUAAUGGAUCUAUGGAGAGAUUUUGAUAAAGAUCAACGCGACGCAGGAAAAGCUACAUGUCAAUAUUGGUUAUAUUAUGACAUUUUCACAAAACAGUUUAAUAUUGGAUUUUUCCAACCCAAAAAAGAUAGAUGCGACCUAUGUUUUGAAUAUGAACUUGCUUCUCCAGAAAAAAUACUACAACUAAAAGAAAAAUAUGAUCGUCAUUUAAAAGAAAAAGAUUUAUCCCGAAAAGAGAAACACAAUGAUCGACUGAACAUUGAUGAAACCCAUAUUUGUGCAGUUUUCGACCUGCAAGCAGUUAUGCAAUGUCCUAGCGGUGAUUCGUCUUCUUUCUAUUACAAAACAAAACUGAAUUGCCUCAACUUCACAAUCGUGGAAUUACUAAAGAAAAGAGACAAAAAUCUGGAGGAAAACACAGAAAGUGAACACAAACGUGAUAUUGGAGCUUAUGGAGAUGUCUACAGCUUUUUCUGGGACGAAACUCAGGGGAAACGCGGAUCUAGCGAGAUCGGAUCGUGUGUUCUUAAGUAUUUGGAGAUUUUAAAUGCAAAACAUCAGGGUCAGGCCAUCCACGUUACGUUUUAUUCCGACAAUUGCUGCGGACAAAACAAAAAUAAAUAUGUAGCUUGCUUAUAUUCCUACGCAGUAUCACAUUUUGAGAACAUCCAGUCUAUAACCCAAAAGUACCUAAUAAAGGGUCAUACCCAAAAUGAAGGGGACAACGUCCACAGCCUCAUUGAAAAGGAAAUCCAACGGAAUAAAAAGGCUGGACCCAUAUACGCACCUUGUCAAUACGUCACUUUAAUAAAAAAUUCGCGAAAAAACGGGAAACCGUUGAUUGUUCAAGAAUUAACGUAUGAUUUUUUUUGGGACUUGAAGAUGUUUCAAGAGAAAUGGGCUUACAACUUUAGUGAAAAUGAAAAUAAGGGCAAUGUGACUUGGAAUGACGUAAAAAUUCUUAAAUUUAUAAAAGAGGAUACGUUCACAUUUUACUAUAAAACAUCUUAUAGUCAAAAUGAGUUCAACAAGGUAAACAUGAGAAACAAAAGGAAGAAGAUGAGUGGUAUAAGAGAAAUUGCUAUGACCAAAGCAUACUCCCAAAGACUGGUGUUAUCUGAGAGGAAAAAAACUGACUUACGUUCAUUGAUUGAACAUAAUUUGAUACCUCAUUAUUAUGCUGAUUUUUAUAAUAACAUUAUUUAACUAUUUUUAUAAGUAUAAUAGGCUCUUCUGCUAUAGGUUUUAGUUAUUAGUUUUAUAUAGCGUUGUUUACCAAAGUAUUGAAUUAUAAAUGUUAACAUGUUAAGGAGAUUUUUGAUAUAAUUGAUUCAAUUUAAUUACACAGGCAAACAUUCUAUACAGAUUUUAUAUAGAGUGUGCAGUACGGCAAUGCUAUGCAUAGGGCAUAGCGUUGCCGUAUACUGCACACUCUUUUUAUAACGAAGGUUUCUUGAUUUUUUAUAGUUUCUUAUAACAUUGUGUUAAACGAUGAAUAUUGAUUUGUAAUUGUUAACUUGUUAAGUACAAGUAUUUGUAUUUGUUAAAGAAAAUUAAACUGAAUUAUUAUAAACAUUGGCUGUGCAAAGCAUUGCCUGAAGACUGAUUUACGAAUGAUUGUGAUAAUUGUACUUUGAAAAAGCUAUUUCUAUAUGGAUAAUACAAUCAUUGUAAGGUUGUUUUGUUUCUAUUGAUUUUAUUAUUUUUAAUUUUAUAAUUGCAGAUUUCGACUCGAACGAGAUUAUUAUGUUUAUUUUCUGUGCCAAAGUGACUUAAUACAAGUCUUUUGAAAAUUAAAAAGUGUUUAAUUUCACAGUUUUUUUUAAUAUAAAAUGACUAAUUUCGAUAUGUGACACAAUAGCAUAUUUUCAGUUUAUUCUUGUAGUGCACUUUUUAGAAAUAGGAUAAAAACUGUACAAUGAUUUCAGAAUAAAAGAGACUUAGGACGAAAACGGUCUUUAAAAAAAAAAAUAGUUUCAGUAUAAUAUUGACUUAAAUUGGGAACAUUUUUAAAAACCUUAAUUUUAGUUAAAAAUAUGCAACAUACCAUUUUUUUAUUGAUCAUGUUUCACAA